AUGGAGAGCUGGCUGAAAAGGUCUGGAGUGUCAGGCUUGGAUGACUUGGAGCUUGCCGACUUCUCAGAUACCGGGCGCGGUGUCAGAACGCGGCGGCAAUUCGAGAAAGGAGAAAAGAUCUUGACCAUUCCAAAUGGUGUUCUUUGGACAGUGAAACAUGCUUAUGCUGAUCCCAUCAUUGGGCCAGCCCUUCUCUCAGCACAGCCGCUCUUGUCUGUUGAUGACACCCUGGCUACGUAUAUUCUCUUUGUCAGAUCACACUGGUCGGGAGAUUAUGGCCUGGGAAGUCAUGUAGCAGCGCUGCCUGCGAGCUAUACUUCGAGUAUCUUCUUUGCGGAGGACGAGUUGGAAGUUUCCGCAGGAAGUUCACUUUACACUAUCACGAAGCAGUUGGAUCAACAGAUCGAGGUCGAUUAUAAGGAAUUGGUUGAGCGACUAUUUGGACGACAUCAAGAACUUUUCCCACGCGACAAGUUCACCAUUGAAGAUUACAAGUGGGCACUCUGCACCGUGUGGAGUCGUGCAAUGGAUUUCAAGCUAGGCGAUGGAGAUUCGAUCCGACUUUUGGCGGCCUUCGCAGACAUGUUGAACCACUCAUCCGAGGUUGAGCAGUGUCAUAUUUACGAUGUCAAGUCUGGAGACCUCUCUGUUCUUGCCGGGAAAAACUACAAAGCUGGAGAUCAAGUUUUCAUUAAUUACGGACCUGUUCCAAACAAUCGCCUUUUACGUCUCUACGGCUUUGUCGUGCCCGGUAAUCCCAACGACAGCUAUGAUCUCGUUCUUGCAACGCAUCCCAUGGCGCCAUUUUUUGAGCAAAAACACAAACUCUGGGUAUCUGCUGGGCUCGAUUCAACCUCUACCGUCUCUCUUACUCUCACCGAUCCGCUACCAAGUAGCGUUCUUCGAUACCUCCGUAUUCAACGGCUGAACGAAUCCGAUCUUGCUGUAAUGAUGUCUCAUCAAAGCGAUGCUGCAUCUGAGAGAAUCAGCGACUCAAACGAAGUGGAAGUCUUGCGGUUUCUGGUAGAAUCGAUCUCUAGUCUUCUCGAUGGUUUCGGAACUCAACUAGAAAAACUAGGAGAGCAACUGGCGGAGGGGUUUUAUUCUCCUGGAGGGAACGCAUGGUCAGCGGCGCAUGUCAGUUUGGGUGAACAGCGGGUGUUGAGAUUGGCAAGAAAGAAAGCGGAGGAUCUGUUGGCGGCGGUAGAGACAGGAAGUGGAAUUAAGAGGGCCCAAUGCGCGGCGUGCAAAAAGGUUUCUGUGCAGUUAAUGCGGUGCGGAAGGUGCAACGAGUAUAAACUCGGAUAA